AUGCUCCAAACUUCAAAUGCAACUAAAAACAUUUCCAAGAAGCAACCUACCGAAGCUGGUGGUUCAUUUCUUUUGAAAGCUGGUAUUACAGCAAAUAUUAAAUAUUUAAAAGAACUAUUUCUGAAAAAAAAUGAAGAAAUAAUGAAAGAGACAAAAGUAAAAUCAAAACAACAAACAACCAUAACAACAGCUGCUAGUAAUUCCACUCCACCACCAUCAUCAUCGAUUAUAAUCAUAGCACCAGUUUCAACUAAUUCAGCUCCUCCAUUACCACCACCACCAAUGACAAUACAUGAACAUAAAGAUUUUAUAUUAAAAUUAAUUAAACAGUGGUGUUUAGAUAAGAAAGAAAACGCUGCUUUUGAUCAAAUAUGGCACGAUGGCCUCGUCUACAAACUUGCUCAGUUGAACUGUCCUCGUGAACUGCUCAGCUGGAUAAGCAUGUAUUUAACUGGACGAUCAUCAUAUAUACAAAUGGGGAACGAAAAGUCGAACACAUUCUCAAUUAAACGUGGUGUACCCCAAGGAAGUUGUCUCGGGCCGAUACUGUUUCUACUAUACCACACAGAUUUACCCAAGAGUUUACCAUCAGCCAGUCAUAAUCACCUAUAUGCCGAUGAUCUUGCUGUUAUCAUACGCCCAUCACCAUUCUGGAACAAUGAUGAAUUUGCAAAUGAGAUAUAA